CACGCACCGUUCAAGUUGUUUUGUGAAAUGCGCACGCAGAACACUUUCCAAACAAAACAGUGCAGCCGAGGCGUCACGACCGACUUCUGACAGUUUCUGAAUCUACUUUAGCACACUUUUAUGAGCAUCGUUUAUGAAAAACAGUGUUUUAAAAUAGUAUGAUCAAGAUGACAGUGACUUUGGUUGUAUUAACAAGAAGGUAGCGAAUACCGAUCAUGACCGAAGUGUCAGAUUGUUUGGGUGCGAAGCAGCUGAUGGGAAGCGAUAUACGGGUCCAGUUCUCCUGUAAUGUAGGGAUCCACGGCGCACAGACAGAUCCCUGACACCCUUAACUCACCCGUGGAUUUACUGAGCUGCUUUCAACUUUAAACAAACGAUGGAAAGUGUUGGAAAAUACGAGUUCAACAGGAAAGAUUUGAUAGGACACGGCGCUUUUGCUGUGGUGUUCAGAGGAAGACAUAAACAGAAACAUCAUUUUGGGGUCGCUGUGAAGUGCAUUAACAAGAAAAAUCUCGCCAAAUCACAGUCGCUCUUAGGAAAAGAAAUCAAGAUAUUAAAGGAGCUGAAACAUGAGAAUAUUGUCAGUUUACUGGACUUCCAGGAGAUAUCAGGAUGUGUCUAUCUUGUCAUGGAGUACUGCAAUGGAGGAGACCUAGCAGAGUAUUUACACUCUAAAGGCUGUUUGAGCGAGGACACGAUCCGCAUGUUACUCCUGCAGUUGGCGGGAGCCAUGAGUGUUUUAAGGAGUAAAGGCAUCAUUCACCGUGACCUAAAGCCCCAAAACAUUCUCCUUUCGUACAGCACAGGUCGCAGGGCCAACCCCAACAACAUCUGCAUCAAACUGGCUGAUUUUGGCUUUGCACGUUAUCUGCAGGGAAACACGAUGGCUGCCACUCUCUGUGGCUCUCCUAUGUACAUGGCUCCUGAGGUCAUCAUGUCACAGAAUUAUGAUGCCAAAGCUGACCUGUGGAGUGUAGGAACCAUCAUCUACCAGUGCUUGACUGGCAAAGCCCCAUUUCAGGCAAAUACUCCUCAGGAACUGCGGCAGUUCUAUGAAAGAAACCGGAGCCUGAGUCCCAGGAUUCCAAGUGAAACCUCCAGUACCCUAAGGCACCUUCUGCUUGGGUUGCUGCAGAGGAACCACAUGGAACGCAUGGACUUUGAUAAAUUUUUCCACCAUCCUUUCAUGGAGGCCAGUACAUCCAUGAAGAAAUCCUCUCCAGUGCCCAUGCCCACCUAUCCCAGCUCUGGCUCUGGGAGCUCCAGCAGCGGUUCCUCAUCCACACGCCUCACUCCUACUCAGUCUGACAGUGAAGCUCUGAGGCCCCUCCCUCAAAUGAACCCCACGCCGUCUCCAGGUUCCCAGCUGAAAGACUCUUCCUCUGAAUCGUCCUCUGAGUCCGAUGACUUCGUAAUGGUGCCGGCUCAGUUCACCAGUGAACUUGUCUCACCAGAAGGGCAGGAGAGUUUGAUGCAAAGCGGAAACUCACUGCUGGGUGUCACUGCUUGUGUGGGUCAAACACCAUCAUCUUCCCCGUCUGUCAGAGCCUCCCCAAGCCCCUCUAGGCCUCUGGAGUCAUGUGGCAGUAGUUACGCUCUGUCUGUGCCUGUUCCAGUGCCAACACAAAAACACAACUACCAGAGGAUGGAGCACAACCUACAAGUGUCUGAUAGGACCGCAACACCUGUACAUCACUGCUGCUCAAAUGGAUGUCCAACAUGUGGGAGAAUCAAGGCUUCUCCGGAAUCAGGAGGAUCAAGACCGUUUCUACUUUCCCCACAAGAGAAUGCUGUUGCUGUUUUUUCAGUGGGAAAUGUUCCUGAAACACCCAGUCAGCCCCAGCCUAUUGGCAGUAAGACGGGGUUGAAUGCUGGAGAUCAACGGCCUGGUCAGGUCUCUCCUCUCUUCACUGACCUGACAACCUUAGACACAACCCAGACUCACAGACUCAGAGGCCAUCAGCACAGCCCAGAAUCUGUAGUGCACAGAUGGGAUUUGUAUCGACGACCCAUCUCUGGUCAAACUCCAAGUACGGCGCUAGUUCAGCGAGGCCUGACCGCCCGAACCAAGGCCGCGUCUGACCUGAAAGAUCUGGCACAGUGCACAGCUACAGGGCCCCGUGUGCCACUUCUCAGGCCAGCGGAAAGAAGGGACAUGGUCAAAAGGUCAUCAAGUACUGGCCCUCUCUCAGAUAAGCUGCUGAAGGCUGUGUUCGGACAUCAACUUGACAGGGGCAGCUGUGAGAGCUUAAAUUCAGAGAAACCCAUGGACACAACAGCACCCCCUUGUGGCAGUGAUGGCCUAGAGCAGGGCUCAGGCAGUCCUGCUGGAAUUGUGUUCAUGCUGGGCUCUCCUGAAUUCGGACUCACACCUCCUCACACUACUCGACCUAGACGCUUCUCAGUGGGCACUCCCAGCCCAACAAGCCCUGGCUGGACCUAUGGUCAUUUGCACGAGGCCUACGGUUCACCUGAGAGCCUGCGCUGUGGUUACACAGAUGCCAUUGCAACAAACCUCAGUGAGGACGUGGCAUUUGUGCCACCUGAACUGCCAGAGGAGACGCUUAUGGAGGAGGGGCAUACAGACUUGCUGAGCCGACUGCGCUUCAUUCUAGCCUUUUCCUACUGCAUCACAGAGGUUGCUCGAACAAAGGACAGUGGGGAAAGGAACAUGGCACUUGAUGCUUCAUUCUUAGAGCAGAGCAUGGUGGCUGACCAGAUCAGCCUGCUGAGCCAUGAGUGGAGCUCUGCAGAGCAGCUGGUCCUCUAUAUGAAGUGUGCCGAGCUGCUGUCCUCAGCGCUACACACAGCAAUGGCUGGGAUCAAAGAAGGCAAACUCUACCCAUCAGGAUCUGUUAAACAAGUAGUACGUAAGCUUAAUGAGAUGUAUAAGGGGUGUGUGAACGCCUGCCGUUCUCUCACUGAGAAACUCCAGCUCUUCUUCAGCAGCAAGCAAAGACUGAUGGACCGCAUUAACAACAUUACUGCUGAGAGACUCAUCUACACACACACCGUUCAGAUGGUACAGACAGCAGCACUGGACGAGAUGUUUCAUCAUGGAGAAACCUCUGUAGAGCGAUACCAUAAGGCCUUACUGCUGAUGGAGGGCCUGUCUUUAAUUAUUACAGAGACUGCAGACAUAAACAUUAUCAACAAAUGUAAACAGUGUAUUGAGCGGCGACUCUCCUCCCUUCAGCCCAAAUGAUGUGUGUGAUGCAUCAUCAAACCCCAAACAUCUACAUCUUUUUUAAUCAAAGUUGCCAUUUUAAAUUUCGUGAAAUUUCCGCUCAUUUAAAAUGUGAUAUUUGGUUUCCAAAGCCAAAAAAAGGUGAGAAAAGACUUUUUCAUAAUAGACAGAGAUGAAAUCUCCAUGAUGGCACUUAAAGUGAUGACUUUAAUCUUAGCACUAAUGAGCAACAGGGACUGAAUGAGCAACAGCUUGGAUGAUUUUCAUUCAAUCAUACUAAAACAUGACUAUAACGUUAGUUUCAUGAAGUUACAUGGAAUGAUCCUGUUUUGAUGGGCUUAUCCUACAUGUUUUUGCAUGAUUUUGAGGAAAUGAUGGUUAUCUGCUGUAUCUGAAGGGAAUUCAUAAUCAUUUGGAACCUCUGCGACCACCGAGAUGUUGUUGAAAUAGCAGCCUGUGGUGGAUGUGUAAUAGUCAGCUACAGAUGUACAGCUCUAAUGUGGCAAUUGACCAAAAAUGUGGCAAACCUUUGCAGACAUACUGAUAAAAACUGUCAGUUUCAUAUGUUGUCAUAUGACGGUGGGAGAAAUACUUGAGAAUUGUAUUAGAUUAACUAUCAUACUGUUAUUCAUGUGUAUGUAAAAUAGCAAAGCACUUUAUAAACCAUUUUGCCUUCUGGAUACCUGAAAAGAACCACUGCAGAGAAAGCAAUCCUUCGAUGUAAUGGCUCAUUUCAGUUUAAUUAACACCUGAAAGUCAAAAAUAGUCAUUAGCUUGUGUGUAGCAUUUUAUAUUUUUCUGUUUUUAAUUGUCAGUCUGAAAGUGAUGGUUAAGUUUUCAGUUUGCUUUUGAAUCUUUUGCAAGUAAAUGACUUGAGAGUAAAUCUCACUGGACAAAAACAAAUCAAAACAAAUCUGAGACUUACAAUCUAUAGCUACUUCUAGAAUUUUCAUAUCAUGUUUGUUCAUUACUUGCACUAUUUUUGCAUUUUUCCAAUGGCAAUAAUUUUAAGGUGUUUUUAAGGCAUUUAGUCUGAAAUGUAUAGUAGAAUUAUGCACAUGAAACUUUUUAAAAUAAUAAUGUUAAACUGAGGACAAAGAACUCUUUUGUAUAUGUUGUUACAGUAUUUAUGAUGUGUUUUAUGAUGUUUGUGUCUUUUUAUUUCCAUUUGCAGAAGCCAAAAAUAAGUGCAGAAUGCAUGUGGUAUGGGUGUGUGUGUGUGUGUGUGUGUGUAUUCAAAUAAAUUUCACUUUUAUAUGUA